GGCCUACCUCUCCUUAAAGCGCCCGCCCUCACCGCUUUGUCCCUGGGUGCGUUCGGCUUCGGGGCGCCUGCCUUGCCCACCCUCUCGCCAUGGCCCAGCCACAGUCGUACCCACGGGGUGUCCCGACCCGGCCUGCCACCGUCUUGGGCGCCAUGGAAAUGGGGCGUCGCAUGGACGUGCCCAGCAGCGCCGCGGCCGUGCGCGCCUUCCUGGAGCGCGGCCACACCGAGAUCGACACGGCCUUCGUGUAUGCUGACGGCCAGUCCGAGAGCAUCCUGGGCGGCCUGGGGCUCGGGCUGGGCGGCAGCGGCUGCAAAGUAAAAAUUGCCACCAAGGCCAAUCCAUUGGAAGAAAACUCUCUGAAGCCUGACAGCCUCCGGUCCCAGCUGGAGACGUCCCUCCAGCGGCUGCAGUGCCCCCGAGUGGACCUGUUUUACCUGCACCUGCCAGACCACAGCACCCCCGUGGAAGAGACGCUGCGCGCCUGCCACCAGCUGCACCAGGAGGGCAAGUUCGUGGAGCUCGGCCUCUCCAACUAUGCCGCCUGGGAGGUGGCUGAGAUCUGUACCCUGUGCAGGAGCAACGGCUGGAUCCUGCCCACCGUGUACCAGGGCAUGUACAACGCCACCACCCGGCAGGUGGAGACGGAGCUCCUGCCCUGCCUCCGGCGCUUUGGACUGAGGUUCUACGCCUACAACCCUCUGGCUGGAGGCCUGCUGACCGGCAGGUACAAGUAUGAGGACAAGGACGGGAAACAGCCCGUGGGCCGCUUCUUUGGGAACAACUGGGCAGAGGUCUACAGGAAUCGCUACUGGAAGGAGCACCACUUCGAGGGCAUCGCCCUGGUGGAGAAGGCCCUGCAGGCUGCGUACGGCACCAGCGCCCCCAGCAUGACCUCAGCCGCCCUGCGGUGGAUGUACCACCAUUCCCAGCUCCAGGGCGCCCACGGGGACGCGGUCAUCCUGGGCAUGUCCAGCCUGGAGCAGCUGGAAGAGAACUUGGCGGCCACUGAGGAGGGGCCCCUGGAGCCGGCCGUCGUGCAGGCCUUUGACCAGGCCUGGCGCCUGGUCGCCCACGACUGUCCCAGCUACUUCCGCUAGGCCCCCGCCCGGCUCAGGCGCCGGAGGUGUCUCCCUCUUCCGUCGCCUGUCCUGCUCUCUCCCUGGCCGGCCUUUGCCUUAAGCUGAUUUCGUGGUCGUCCUCCAUCGUCUGGAUCCACGCGUUAUUUUUCUAGACCCCUGCCUCCCUCCCAGGUGCCUUCACAACGUGUAACGCCUUGGGCUGAGCCCCUCUGGGGCGCUUCCCGUCUGAAUAAAGCCAGCGCUAGCCCUGCCUGUGGCCCAGUCACUGAGUGGGCCCCGCAGGUGUCUCUCUCA